CAUCACUGCAACUUCAGCAGCAGCUCCAAGAAGUAAAUAUUAAGGGCUGGCUGUGCUCACCCGGUCGCCCCCUCUCCUGAGUCCUGACAUUCCUGUGCCCCUGGGACCAACUGGGCUGCGCCGAACAGGUCACUCCCUCUCCUGUGGCCUGUGUUAUUCCCGUAUUGAGCAGGUCACGUCCAAUCCCGGGGUUGCUGGCUUUCCUGUGCCACGGAGGAGCUGCAGGACGGAGCUUACUGGGUUCCUGGCCUAGUGGAUGAGGGGAAGCUGUAGAUGUGAUUGAUCUUGAUUCUGGCACCUCCAGUCAGUUUUUAAACAGCAGAGAGAAUCUAACAGCCUUGAAGACUUCUGCAGCAUCACACACAGCAGUAACCAUGCUACAGAGAUGAAAUGAUAGUGAGUCUUGCCAGUGUAUCCCAUGGGUCCCACACAGCUUGCUGCACAGGAUCAUGGGAAAAGGGUGGCAAGUGUAUUUGAAAUGGAGGAGGAAGGGUUUUCACUCUUCCAUGGCUUGGAGAUCCCCCCCGAGCAUGCAGAAAAUCCACCCCUGAAGCGGAAGAAGGGUCCAGCCCCCAAGAUGCUGGGGAAUGAAGUGUGCAGUGUAUGUGGGGACAAGGCCUCAGGCUUCCACUACAAUGUGCUGAGCUGCGAAGGCUGUAAGGGCUUCUUCCGCCGCAGCGUCAUCAAGGGUGCCCAGUAUGUCUGCAAGAACGGUGGCAAGUGUGAGAUGGACAUGUACAUGCGCCGCAAGUGCCAGGAGUGCCGGCUGCGCAAGUGCCAGGAGGCAGGCAUGCGGGAGCAGUGUGUUUUGUCUGAAGAACAGAUCCGGCUGAAGAAGCUCAAGAAACAGGAGGAUGAUCAGGCUCGGACAGUGGUUGUGCGCCCAACCCCCCCAUCUCCGCCCAACCCCCCCUAUAAACUGACACCUGAGCAGUUGGGCAUGAUAGAAAAGCUUGUGGCAGCUCAGCAGCAGUGUAACCAGCGCUCAUUCACGGACAGGCUCAAAGUGACGCCAUGGCCUCAGGCUCCAGACCCUCAUAACCGUGAGGCACGGCAGCAGCGUUUUGCUCAUUUCACUGAGCUUGCAAUCAUCUCUGUGCAAGAGAUUGUGGACUUUGCCAAACAGCUGCCUGGCUUCCUGGAGCUCACCAGGGAAGAUCAGAUUGCUCUGCUGAAGACAUCCACCAUAGAGGUGAUGCUGUUGGAGACAUCCCGGCGCUACAAUCCAGAGACUGAAAGCAUCACCUUUCUGAAGGACCUGAGCUAUAAUCGGGAUGACUUUGCCAAAGCAGGCCUACAGUUCGAGUUCAUUAACCCUAUCUUUGAGUUUUCAAAGGGAAUGAAUGACCUACAGCUCAACGAUGCUGAAUAUGCACUUUUAAUCGCCAUCAACAUUUUCUCUGCAGACCGACCAAAUGUGCAGGAUCAGUCCCUGGUGGAGAGACUGCAGCACACCUAUGUAGAGGCCCUUCAUUCUUACAUUUGCAUCCACAGACCAAAUGACCAUCUGAUGUUCCCUCGGAUGUUAAUGAAACUGGUCAGUCUUCGGACUCUAAGCAGUGUCCACUCCGAACAAGUUUUUGCCCUUCGACUACAGGACAAGAAACUCCCUCCCCUGCUCUCAGAAAUCUGGGAUGUGCAUGAGUGACUAUGUGCUCCCAGGGAACUGACCUGCU